ACACGUGGCCGGCUGGACAGUGUUGACCAAAGAUCUUAUAGCGCCGCUUGCGGCGCUAUACGGCGCUGUAGGAUCUUUGGUGUUGACGUCGUCGGCAAUCGCAAGUUACCGGAGAUUUUGGGUCGUUUUGUGCCUUCCAAUCGCUGUGGAAGCUUUGGACUGUGACAACUUGCUCUGGAGGUUUGGUUUUGGUUUUAGGUAUUAAGGACAUUGCUGCAGUUUUUUUGUCUUCCAAGUCUCGGCUAGCUCCAGUGCCUGGACCAGAAAAGUGCCAGACAGUGUAGAUCGCGUCAAUUCACCCAAACCACAGAGCGCUUGGUAAAUUAUCAAGAUGGCGGAUAACACCAGCUACGUGUUGGUAACGGGAGGAGCGGGUUACAUUGGUAGCCACACCGUGCUGGAGUUGCUGAAGGAGGGGUAUAGCAUCGUCGUUGUAGACAACCUGUCAAAUGCUUCAAAAGGUGAGAACAGCCUCCCCGAACCCUUGCACAGGGUACAGAAGAUUGUCGGCAGCGACAAGAAAAUGAUCUUCUACGAAGUGGACCUGCUGGAUAAGGAGGGCCUAAGGAACAUUUUCAAGAAGCACAAGAUCCAAUCUGUGGUUCACUUAGCCGCCAAGAAAGCCGUCGGUGAGUCCGUGGAGAAGCCACUGCUUUACUACAGCGUCAACAUCACUGGAACCCUCAACCUUCUGAACGUCAUGAAAGAAUUCAAGGUCAACAAUCUGGCAUUCUCAAGCUCGGCCACGGUCUACGGCGAUCCUCAGAAGCUGCCCCUGGACGAGUCGCACCCCACUGGCGAAGGCCUGACUAAUCCCUACGGCCGAUCCAAAUUCACGGUGGAGAUGAUCCUGAAGGAUCUGUACGAUUCCACGAAGGACUGGAAUAUUAUUCUCCUGCGCUACUUCAACCCCAUCGGUGCUCACGAGUCGGGUCGAAUCGGUGAAGAUCCCUGCGGUCCGCCCGCCAACCUGGUGCCUUACGCCAUGCAGGUCGCAGUGGGGAAGAGGGACGAACUGAAGGUGUUUGGGGAUGACUACGACACGCACGACGGCACAGGUGUCCGUGAUUACAUCCACGUGGUGGACCUUGCUCUGGGUCACGUGGCAGCUCUCAAGAAACUAGAAGAGAAUUGCGGCUUGAAGAUCUACAACCUCGGUACCGGGCAGGGCUACUCUGUGCUGGAUGUUGUUAAAGCUCUGGAGAAAGCCUGCGGGAAGAAGGUCAAGUACAGCAUUGUGGGCCGUCGGAGUGGCGACGUAGCUGCCUGCUACUCCGAUCCUAGUCUGGCAGAGAAAGAGCUCGGAUGGAAGUCAGUUAGAGACUUGUACAAAAUGUGUGAGGACCACUGGCGUUGGCAAUCCGAGAAUCCCAGCGGGUACGCAUCGUGAUGAUCAGGUGACCAGGGAAGUCUAGGUGCCAAAGACGCAGAAUUGCUGCUGGAAGUUCCUAAACCAUAGGUACCACAAUGAGCUGGACUAUUUGGAUCUUGACAGAUAUUUCUUUUACUAUUUGGUUAUUUUCGUCUUUAUUACAAGAAUAAGAAAUAGUUUAGCAAGUAUAUCUUUUAGCUGUGUGUGCUUUGUCAAUGGUGUCUUUGUACCCACUGGACACCACUACAGAGUGAG